CCCCGUCCGGUCAACCGCUUAUAAAAAACGCCUCCCGUCUCCUCCACCUUUCCCAAUUUCUCCGCAAGCAUCCAAGGAAACCAAACCAAACCACACCGGCAAGAAAGAACCAAGAAACCCCCUUCCCCGACCUCCGCCACCACCGGAGAUGGCGUCGCAGUCGAUCGAGGACCACCGCUCGGGCGCGGAGGUGCACACGGGCCAGGAACUCUGCGUGCGCAAGUCCCGCGAGUUCCUCGUCGAGCUAGGCCUCCCCGACGGCCUCCUCCCGCUGCCCGCCCUCGAGGAGGCCGGCUACAACCGGUCCUCGGGGUUCGUGUGGCUCCGGCAGGCGGCCGGUGUGACUCACACCUUCGACAGCAUCGGGAAACAGGUGUGGUACGACAAGGAGGUGACGGCGUUCGUGGAGCCCGGGCGGAUGCACAGUCUGACCGGGGUCAAGAGCAAGGAGCUCCUCAUCUGGGUCACCAUCUCCGAGAUCGUGGUGAGCCCCUCCGGCACCAAGAUCGUGUUCCGCACCCCGGCCGGGCUCGGACGCGCCUUCCCCGUCACCGCUUUCCAGCUCACGCCGGCCCCGGCGGCCGAUGGGGAGCAGAAGGAGGAGGCCUCCAACUGAUCUGCCAGCGACCGUGUGUUGGGUGCUUGAUCUGGUUGCCUAGCUUCGAGAUCUGGCGGUGUUUGUCACUUGUGCCCCACGGCCUGUUUCAUGAGUCCUGAUCUGCAGUGUAAUGGUAGUGGAUAAUGCAGAAAUAAACUGUCCCUCUGCUGUUCUUGUUCUCGUGCAGAAUC